UCUCCUUCCUUCCUUCUCUUAAAUUGUUGAAAAAUCUUUCUCAAAUUAAGUUCUAAAAUCUUUUUUUGGUGUGGGCAUCUUUCUCGAAUUCAUUUCACUCAGAUAGAUCAUCAUGUCGGGAGGUUUAACGAUGGUGGAUUAUUCUCACAUGACUCGACCUUGUUUGUGUUUGGAUAUUGUUCUCCCUUCUUACAUGUCUUUGAACAAGAACUUGAUCAAGUUGUCUCCUUCAAUGGAACUAAGCAGUUCUUUUCUCCUCGAUUCAAGCUAUCGAAAGCUUCAAUACUCGACCAAAUCAACGAGGAAUACAACUACCAGGAACCGCAGGAGGAGGAUACAUCCCGGUCUUAAGAUUGUCGGCGAAGUGGCUGGCCAGUACGAGGAUGGUUUUGAGGAUGUCAAAACGCAAUUAGUGAACUAUUUCACAUAUAAAGCAGUAAGGACUGUUUUACAUCAACUUUAUGAGAUGAAUCCUACAAAAUAUAGGUGGUUAUAUGACUUUGUUGUUUUAAACAAGCCAGAUGAUGGUAAGCGAUUUAUUCGCACUCUUGUUAAGGAGAACCAGGAUCUUGCAGAAAGAGUGAUGGUGACACGACUUCAUUUAUACGGGCAAUGGGUUAAGAAAUGUGAUCAUGCACAAAUAUAUCAGUUGAUAUCGGAUGAGAACCUGGAGUUGAUGCGCGAACGCCUCAUGGAGACCGUGGUUUGGCCUUCCGAUGACACGAACUCGGAGAUGGUCAGCUAAAGGAUUGGGAAUUAAUUAGUUGGUUUCUUAUUUGGGAUUGGUUUUCACAUUUAAGGUCUUUUGCAUGUGUUGUUCAUGGCAUAGUAUUUAUACAUAUAGAAUUUAGUUAAAGGUUUUAACUUUCAUUAUUAUUUCCCUACAAGUAAUAAAACUCCUAUUGGGACUGUA